ACACGCGUGUGCGGACGUACAUCUUUUCUAAUCUAAACGUCAAUAAAACAAAACGUCAAAAUUUAAACAAAAUCAAAAGUCAAAAUUAUUAAUGAUCUCUUAAGUACAAAUUAAUAACACAAACAAAAACACCAAUUAAAUUGAAAUGUCUUUUACAACGAACGCCCAAGCUUACUCCAAAGAACAGGAUGAAAAAUUGUUGCAACCGUUUGUAUAUAUACAACAAGUUCCUGGUAAACAAAUUCGUGCAAAAUUAGCCCUUGCCUUUAAUUACUGGAUGAAGAUUCCGAAUGACAAACUGUCAGCCGUCGGCGAUAUUGUGCAAAUGCUACAUAAUUCUAGUCUUUUAAUCGAUGACAUUCAGGAUAAUUCUAUACUUCGCAGAGGAAUCCCAGUUGCCCAUUCGAUUUACGGGGUUGCAAGUACAAUAAAUGCAGCCAAUUAUGUGCUAUUUCUUGCACUCGAGAAAGUUAUUAAUUUGGGACAUCCAGAA